CGGGAAAGAGAGUUUCUAUCACGAGUUUAGGCACCUUUUUGGCUGGGGAUGGGCUUUCUUUUAAAGUAUAGUACGCGUGACUGACCCUCUAAUGUCAAUGAUUCUAAAACAGCUCGACUGACAUUUCCUUCUGUCUAUAGAUUCCCCAGAGGGGGCCUGGGGUCGGUAGAAUCCAGAAACGUGGUAUCAGCAACUAAAAGGUUCGCUACACCGGUCGAUGUGGUGGUUGAAGAAGUCUUCUUUUUAGUCAUCGAUAUGAGAUACAUUCCCAGAUCUGGUCGGAUGAACCAUACUCUAAGAAGUUGACUGAAGUGAUCCUCUUUCUAGUACCCGGCACAGACCUGUCACACACAUUCUUAAUUACUUACACCGGAGAAGAUCGCCCAGGAGGGCUUGUCCAAAGCAUUAAAAUGAAGUCUGAGCUGUCAUUAUGAAAGAUGGCACGGAUUUACUUUGUUGAUGAAGGGUCCGUGUAACCAUACCGAAUUCGCACCUCCAGGCGCCUCCCUUAGAAGGGAAUACAUUUCUUAUAAAGAACGAAAUCAAUUGCGUACUGAACCCUUACCCAUUGUGCGAGCUACUCUUCUACUUCUUUUGAUUGAUAUUUCCUUUUCAAUGCGGGAAAGAAAAGGCUUUGUACGAGGGUUCCCUCCCAUGAAAGCCUGGCCUUGUUUUAGCUUUAUACAACUGGGCGGAAUUCCAUCAGACGGAAGAGCACCCAUAUUCCUAACCAGGAUAUCCCUCCUCCUAUUUUGCUUACCAUGAGGUCUCUGUGUCGAUCGAGCCCAGUAUUGGUAUUUUAUUUUUUAGAAAUGAAAUCAUAUCUGCCCGUCGGUAGUCAUCUCGGUAGUAGUCAUCAUAGUGCCGAUCUUUCUUCACCAUCUUGGGAUCAUAUUCUUCAGAAACACGGUUUUUGGACUCUUCCUGGGUUGCGACUUUGGCAUCUGGCGCUGUUGCUGGUAUCCACCGCUUCUUUGGUUUCCAGCGCCACUCCCGUGCAGGUUGUCGCCUUUCUUGACAGAUUUCCCUUUUUUUUUUCUUAUGUCAUUUUCCUCUUUCCUUCUUACCUGAACCUGAAGACGAUAACAUGGCCUGGUCUCGUGAUGACGGCCCCACGUCACUUCGUAGCCGAAUCCCUCUCAUUCUCAGCAGAUUCUCCUCAUUCUACUACAUAUUGAAAACGAGCGACAGGGAUGCUGGAACGUCACGUGCUUGAAUUGAAGCAAAGCACGCACAUUGUCGUGUUCAGGCCUGACUCCGUUGAGGAUGAUGCGUACCCUCUUGGCCUAUGAAUACUUGCUUUCUCCGUCCAGCUGCUCACACUGAAAGCACAGCUCCUUUACUCCCCCGAAGUAUGCUGCGAUUGACCUGACAUAUUGCUUCCUCCUCUUCCUAGCCGCUUCUCUAACUAAUAGCGACAGCUUCGUUAUCAAUCGCCUGAUUGAACAAGAUUGCCAGCGCAUUCCAUGCCUGACUCGGCGAUUUCGCGUCCUUGAUAUGACCGAUCAUCUCCUUCGUCACGGUCAUCUUUAGGACGUAUAAGGCUCUCUCAGCCUUCUGGUUCCACACGCUAGUCUCAAAUCUGGCUUUCUGGGUGAGACUGUUUAUGUGCCACCCGUGACUUCCCCACAAAUCAUGCACCUUCAGAUACGACGUUGGGCAUGUCGACCAAGUAUUCGUAUUGGUCGAGUUCCGCUUUUCGCCAACCAGGUUAUUUACACAUCUGCCAUGGCUCUCAACCGGCUACUAAGCACUCUUGGAAAGAACAAGACUCGUCCUUCGACAGUCCUUCGUACUUCCGUUCUGACUAAAAGCCCCGAUCUGGGCGUUACUUUGUUGACGUCACUUCACGCUCCCGGCACUGUCACAACAGCACUCCUUGCUGAAGUAGCUCUAGUAUAUGGUCAGAUGAAUGAACCACCGGGAGCUCGUUUGAGAGUUGGUUUGACUGCCUUGCUUUCGACCCCAUGCCCUACAUCAUUAAUGGUGCUAAAUCACUUCCUUGCCUUACCCAGCGUCGAAGGAAAGUUCCUGAACCGAGCUCACUGCCUUCAUUAAGGAAAGGUAAUCCGGUUGCUUGAAGCUCUCUUCCCGUGUCGAUGAAGGGCUAUUCCCACUACGCGCUAACUAGAAAAGGAGGAAAUGAAAGAGAGUGAGGGCUGAUUCUAUAGCAGCUCCCUCUGGGCAUUCAAGAAGCCCUUCUUUCCCAAGCGAUUCUCUUGUGUGCCUUUAACUAUUGAAAGGACAGGAUCACUAUGACCUCUGGCUCAAGGACUGGCCUUCUCUUCUUUUAAUGCCUACAGAGAGGCCUGCUAGAGCCCUUUUAAGGCAUGGAUUCCUAAAGGCUGCCUAUUACUUGACUGAAAGAGUACUCAUAUUAUGGGGGCCUCCCCCAGACCCCCUAUCUCGCUUUUUCAUUUCCGUUGUCCCUCAACAAAUAACAUAAGUGAAGUGAAGUAGCGCUUCAUCCCAGGCGACACCUCCGGCCGCCUAUGACAGAGAGGCCCUUCCCCCCUUUGAAAUGCGGAAGCUCGCUUAUUCAGACAACGACUUUAGAAAAGGAUGAACGGGUCAUUCGUCGCGGGCCUUUCCUGUUCCUGUUGACAGUUGGAAGGCGGGUGAGUUGAUUGGCAAGCCAGCUAACGGGGCCACGAAGGGCCCAACAGAUUGAGGGCUCGAAAUUAUAUACUUAACACAGUGAGUUCGAAGUCCUCAUUCACCACCAACAUGCUUCAAUCCAAUCUCGGGGGCAGAACCCGAUCAUCGAGAGAGCAUGAAGCUUGCUGGCGACAUCGGUGUCGGCGGAGUGUUUCGCAAACCUCCCAGCCUCACCCUAGCCCUAGGGUUGGCUCCGAGAUAGGGAAAGUGGAAACCUAAUUCUAUAUAGAUCUCUCCUUGUAGAUCCUUUAUAAACAGGGCAGCUAUCCAGCCGCUUUCACUUUCAUACUCUCCUUUAUGUUAUGUCGCGUGUUUCGCUCGCUAAGGCGAGCUCCACUCCCAUGCUUUCCGUUGGUCAACAACCAACCACAGCUCUCUAUAGUUCUUCACUACUCGUACAGGCUUGACGGAGUUAAGUGGAGGGAAGAAUUUUUUGAAAAUCAAUCAUGCCUCAACUGGAUAAAUUCACUUAUUUUACACAAUUCUUCUGGUCAUGCCUUUUCCUCUUUACUUUCUAUAUUCCCAUAUGCAAUGAUGGAGAUGGAGUACUUGGGAUCAGCAGAAUUCUAAAACUACGGAACCAACUGGUUUCACACCGGGGGAACAACAUCCGGAGCAACGACCCCAACAGUUUGGAAGAUAUCUUGAGAAAAGGUUUGAGCACCGGUGUAUCCUAUAUGUACUCUAGUUUAUUCGAAGUAUCCCAAUGGUGUAACGCUGUCGACUUAUUGGGAAAAAGGAGGAAAAUCACUUUGAUCUCUUGUUUCGGAGAAAUAAGUGGCUCACGAGGAAUGGAAAGAAACAUAUUCUAUUUGAUCUCGAAGUCCUCAUAUAGCAUUUCUUCUAAUCCUGGAUGGGGGAUCACUUGUAGGAAUGACAUUAUGCUAAUCCAUGUUCCACACGGCCAAGGAAGCAUCGUUUUUUAAUCUCAUUAUGACUUGGUCGUUCGGAAGAGAUUCUUUCUCGAUCAGAAUGGAAGGCACUACAAGAAAAAUAGACUCUUUUUCAAAUCGCCCCGCGAAGACGGACGUUUAGAAAGGUUAUCGAUAUUAUCAAUCGCUCUUUUUUUUUUUUUUAGUGGGGAGCAAGAGUGCGGGAAGGGGGCGAGACCAAGCCGAGCCACUAGGAGAGUAAGCCCUUCCCACGUGUCAAGUUGAAUAAAUGCAGCCUCAACUAGAGAGAUCAACCUGCGCCUUUGAUUUUAGGCCGCCGACGGUGCAGAACGCACUAAUCCACGACCAGCAAGUUUUCCAAAAGCGAACUGAAUGGAAUUGUUACUUUCCAAAAAUGCUUGCUGAAAA